GUUAGUCGGUCCCUAGACCGUAGAUGAUUAACUUCUUGCUUUGACCAACAAACCCCGAUAUUUCGCUUGUGUCGAUGAUGAAUUAACACCUCUUACCAUGGUUGCAUACCCACCAUACACUUCGGUCAAAAUCCAACGAAGAACAACCGAGUGGUCCUGGUAAAGAGCACAUUUUCAAUUCAAGAUGGCGGCCGAACUAGAAUUUUAUGUAGAUCUUCAAAAUUCUUUAAAUUUAAAAAUAUCAAGCCACAUUAAUCAAAUAUUUUAACUUUAAAAUCGAUAUCUUUUAGCGAUAAAGCGAUUCGUGUGACAAUUCCUACUUUGUCGCGUAUUUGUAGUGUUUUAUUGUCGGGUAUCCUUGGAUUAACUUGCACGUGUGUUUUCAACAUSAACAUCAUUUUGUUCAUAUAAAGUUAAAAAGACAUCGUAGGUAUGUCAGUACAGACGAAAAGACUGUUCGUUGGAGGACUCAACUCUGGAACCAAUGAAAAAGAUUUGAGGGAAAGGUUUAAGACAUUUGGUUCUGUAUCAUCAGUGGAGGUUCAUGUAAGACCAAAAAGUGAAGGAUUCCCAGAGAAGACCUUUGCAUAUGUGGAGCUUGAUGCAUCAGAUUUGAACAUUAAGAAAUGUAUAACGAUGCUUAGUAACACGAGAUGGAAAGGAGGCAUACUCAAGAUACAGGUUGCGAAGGAGAGCUUUUUAUCCAGGCUUCAAAGAGAAAGAGARGAAAUAAAGUCAAAAGGUGAUAUAAAGAAUUCUAAAAGUUCUCCAACGUCAUCAGAAUUAACCAUUGCAGCACCAAACUCUCUUCCUGGUACUCUUAUUCCUGGAAAGAAGAACUGGGUUGUUGGUAAGUUUGGUAGAGUUUUGCCUGUUGUUCACAUGCGUCAAACAGGCAGCCAUAAAAUAUCCAGGAUAGAUCCCAGUAAAACUUUGCAUAACUUGAAGAGAAUCAAAGAUGAUGCAGGUGAUGACAAGACUAUAUCUAAGUUGACUUGGAGUUUAGGGAAGGAAAAUGAUGAUGAGGUUAUUAUUAAUGGUGAUAAACWUGAGGAAGACAGUGAUGAUACUGAUAGUUCAUCAGAAGAUUUUKGUGGRGAAUMUAAAUCWGCACCAAAAAGUAAAARGAAGAAAAUGAAYUCAMAGAGAAAKRAAAUUGAGAAUUUAGAUGAAAGUGAAAAARUGGAAUCAUUCAAGGAAAAAAACARCAAGAAAGAUUCUCCUUUGAAAAAAUAUUAUACAGWWGAARAAMUAAGUGUMAAUGGAGAAGGACUCGAAAACAGAGAGCUAGAAAAGGGUGAAAGYAGUUUGGAUGAUAAUGAUAAUGUCAUCAAAGAUGAUUCUCUAGGCAACAUUGAGAGUGCUGAGGAAAACAUUAAAUCAUUGGCUCCAGYGAAGUCAAAGAAAAAGAAAAGCAAGAAAAAACGAAGAGCAUCAGAUUCAAGUGAUUCUGAUCAAGUACAUUCUAUCCCACAUGGUUCGGCAGAUGAAACUGUUGUUAAGAAGAAGCCAAAAAAUAAAGUCAAGAAAGAAGAUCAAAGAAUAGAUUCGGAGGAAAAUUCUUUUGAAAAUUCAGAAGAUAAAUCGAUAUUAUUAGAUAGUAAAACAGAUUUAAAAAAUACACAAAAUGAUGAUGAAAAACACGAAGAUUUAAAAAUUACCUUGGAUGAAAAAAUGAAUAAGAAGAAGGAGAAGAAGGAAAGGAAGAAAGAAAAGAAAUCAAAAGGUGGAAUGACAUCUGAAAAUAAAUCUACAACUAAUGAACUUGAAGUCAGUAAAAAGAAGAAACGAGAAAAGGAAAAUAAACAAAGUUAUGAAGAAGUAAAGAUUGUUGAACCAAUUGGCGAAAGCAAUAAUAAUCGAAAGAAGAAACGAGCAAAAAUAAAAGAAGAGAAUCCAGCUAAGAAACUCACUUCGAACGAGAAGAGACUUCGAGCAGCCAAAGARAGAGAAGCAAGCUCAAUGUCAAAACAAUCUAUUAUUGCAUCAGCUUUGAAAAAUCUGGAUGGUAAUGACGAAAACGUGAAGAAUUCCAAGCACAUCAAGUUUGAUGAGGAAUAUGAAGAAGAGGARCAAGUGGUUGGAGAAAAGGAAGGAAAAACGAAAGGAAAGAUAUCAGGAUCCAAGGCUGCUAAUUGGUUAGGUCUUGACUCAGCUAGCGACGAUGAUGAAGACUUUCCUGAUAAAGAAGUUGAAAAACACUUAUUUGCUGCUAAGCCACAGUUUGAAGGUGAAACGGGACAAAAGUUGUUUAAACUCCAAAAAUCAUAUAGAGGUGACAGUAGAUUUCAACUCGAUGAGCGGUUCGCUGAGAGUGACGAUGAACCUUUACCACAAGAAGAGAAUGAUASAAGAAAGCCCUCUGUGAUUUACGCUAGUGACAGCGAUGUAGAGGCGACCAUUGAUGAUGAUAUCAGCAAACAGCUGUCACGUGAGAAAGACUUGUCAAUGUCAGUGCUUCGUGGUAUCCUAGRACACAACAUAGGAACCAAGUAUGGAGAUAACACCUCAAAGAAGGACAGAUUUACCGAUUCCAGUUUGAUUCGUUAUGAUCCAACAAGAGAYGAUCAUGCGCAGUUUGAACAAAAACUCAAGAAACAAGACGACCGACCCGAGCCUGCAGUCAACAAGGGUCAGCAGGAAACUACAGAAGUCAUGCGCAGUGUACCAGAAGUCACAAUGGAUAAAUUCUAUGAUGUUAAAACAAGCGCCUUAUCUGAGGUGUUUGGGAAAAACAAAUCGGAUGAUAAUACUACAUCAUUCAAGUUCCUUUCCGACCAAGACAUAACUGAAAAUACAGAAGCCYUUAGUUCAAACUGGGGAGCAACAGAAGAACUGCGCUCAAAGCCAUGGAAUCCUGUAAUGUUACCGUACGAUAGCAGUGGUGAUGAGGAAGAGGACAUGGAACACGAGGAGGAACAGGAACGUGUCCAAACAGCUCCAGAAGAAAGCUUYUUCUUUCAUUUUGGGGACCCAGAAUUAGAAAGACGUGUAGACGAYGAAGAAAGUUUGUUUAUGAGAACACAGAGUUUAGACCAACUGAACGAACAGUGGAUCGCAAAUAGAUCUGACCUGACUCAAGAUUACAAGAAAAAACACAAGGAUGCGUUGAAGAGACAAAGUAAAAUGGCGGCGAAGAGAGCUAGAAUGAGAUAGGUACACRCAUAUAAGAAGGUACUGUAAAGUAUGAUACAGUAAAGUACUGCAUAUGAAGGUGAUGUACAAASAAGGGAAGCUAGGGACACAUACACGAAGGUACAGUAAAGUAAUGACAGGUAUGGUUAAUGUACAGGAAAGGGUUGUACAAGGAACGGGAA